ACAAUGAAUACAUUACCCUGACGUCAUUUCCUCGUGAGUGUGUGUAUGUUCUGCUACAAAUAAAACCAUGUCUGCAGGAGGUGGUACCAGUGGUGCCUUUGGGGCAGGAAUGGCCGGUGCUCCUUUUGAUCCCGUGCAGUUUAUAAAGAAACCACAAGUUAUACUUAGGCUUGGAAGCACGCUGUUUUCAAUCAUCGUGUUUGGGUGUAUAUUAGCUGAGGGGUGGUAUGCAGGCCACUGUCAAAUGAAUGAUGACCCUAAUGCAUGUGGUUAUGGAACAGGAAUUGGAAUCAUUGCUUUUCUACUCUGUUUAGGAUUUUUAGUUCUUGAUGCUGUAUUUGAAAACAUCAGCAGUGUGCAGUAUCGAAAAUAUGUUGUCCUCGCUGAUAUGGCUAUCUCUGGACUGUGGACUUUCCUGUGGUUUGUUGGAUUCUGCUACAUGACAGAUGCCUGGAGAAAAUCAGAUGGAAACAACCAUUCAUAUGUAGCUCCUCAUGACCAUGGCAAAAACAAUAUCCAGGCGGCAAUAGCUUUUUCCUUCUUCUCUAUUAUAACUUGGGGAGGUAUAACUUUCUUUGCUGUUCGUCGUUAUCGUGAGGGAUUUGAGGACGCCUUUGCCCCGAGAAGUGGUUACGAUGAUCAGACCCAGUCUUCUCCUUACUCCUCCUUCCCUGGUAGUGAGACGGGCGACCCCUAUCAACAGCCUCCCUUCACCUCCCAGAAAGAGGCUCCAAACUUCCAACAGACCCCUACAUAUUAAUUUAGAGAUUAUCCAACAAAAUCUUCAAAGGACAAAUGUGUACCUAUAAGUCUGAUGUAUAAGUUAGUGUAGAGGAGUUACAUGUUGAUAGGAGUAGAUAAGUUAUUACUGCUUUUUAUGUGAGAAUUUUUCAUUUUACAGUCUUCUUGUAUGUUUUAGAUGUGUGGAGCAUAAGUAUGUUAGGAUUAUGCUGUGUAAUUGAGAUGAGUUGGAAAAAGAUGUUUUUGGCAUAUCUGAUGUCAUUUCAUGUUUUAGCACUUUGGAUAAUUAAUGGGUGUGUAAUUUUGUUUUCUGGAUCUCACUAGAAGCUCACUUAUUUAUUGUUAAAGUAAGCAUUUUUUAUCAACAUAUCUUUGAUUAAUAAGGCACUUUCAAGGGACAUUUAUGUUACAUGUAUACAAUAUGGGUUAAUGCCCCCCCCCCCCCAAAAAAAAAACUGUGAGAGAAGACAAAUUUUAUUAUUGUUGAUUGUGGUAAAUUAUAUAAUAUGAUGUAAGCUCUAAUUGUAUUAAUUAUUGAAAUGCCAAAAAAAAAUAAAGCAUUUUCAAUUCUUUACAUUUUAUUGGUGAAUAGAGUAUAAGAAAUGUAGAACAGAACAUGCAGUGUCUUUGCAUUACAAUAUAACAUUCAAGGAUGAAAUAUUCUUUAAUAUCUGUGUAAUUGUUGUAAUUCAUAGGCCAGUACUACAAAAUAAUAUUCCCUUUUCUACCCCUGAAGAUACAUGUAUUUGGGAAGGGGAAUGACCAUUAUAUAUUGAAGAAAAUUUAACAGUGACUUGGGUGUAGCAAAGGACUAUAAUCCGUAUUCGCCAAUAUGUGAUCCUCAAAUCAAAGUUUGAUAGGAAAAAAUCUAACUCACCACUUGAAAGAAUUUGAAAGAAAACUGUUUUAUUUAAGAUUUUUUUAUAAAUAAAGUAUACAUGUAUAUAUAUGCACAUUUCAAUGGAUUUUCCAAAUACGAAUUGAAUUUGGGCAGAAAUCUGCUUUUAUAACUAAAUUAAGUUCUUUACAGCAGAAAUAUGUUGUUGUAAAUUUAUCAUUUUGCUGGACAAAAAAUUGAAUUUGCAUCAAAGUGGAUUGAACCCUUUGAGAGUAUAUUGAAGUUAAAUUCCAGUUGGGGUCAUAUAGGCCUUAUCACUGUAGUUUCUUUGGCAUGCAUGGACAAUAAUUUCUUCCUCAUUAAGCAAUGUAUCACAAGACAGACCAUCGAAUCAAAAGGGGGUCACAGUAACUUUGAUAUGGGGAAUAUAAAAUAAGUGGCACACCGUGCUCAUGAACAGAUAAUGUUAUUUGGAAUAAUUUUGGAAGUCCUGAGCAUUCAUUUUUCUGUGAAAAUGUUUGAUAUUGUGUAUUUAAAAUGUUUAUUAUGAUGUAUACCAAUAUGGUUUAAUUUAUAGAAAUCCGUAAACAGCGUAGGUGCUGUUUUAUAUAUGUAUGUUAUGUUGUGUAGAUUAGAUAUACUUUACAUUCCAUUCUGUGCUUUCAUUUCCUUGCAUAAAUUUCCAUAUAUUACAUGUUAGGAAUGACUGAAAACAAAAAUGAAACAGAAUCCAAACAAAUAGUUGUUUAUGUAAACAGUUGAUUAAGCAUUUACAGUAACUGGCUUUUUUGAUGAAAGAGGUACCCAUUUUAUCAAAAUUAUUUGAUUUUUGGAAAAAAAAAAUGGGAGAGAUGUAACAUUUUACCAUGCAGUGCUCAAUCCUGAUCAUUUGAAAUUUAAUGUCUCAAUGUAAGACUUUAAUAAAUCAAAUGCUUAAAUAAGGAAUGGAAAACAUUCAUACAUGUAUAUUGGUCAAGAAUAUAGCAUAAUCAAUUCAUGUAAGGCAAAAAUAUUUUCAAUUUAAAAUUUAUAUGAAUAUUACUAUAUCAUGUAUCUUUUUAUUGUUUACUGCUUUUUUCCUCAUUAAUAAAAGUCAUUGCACAAUGUAUAUCAUAUUUGCAAUAUAUGACUAUCAACUCUGUUGCAAUACUACAGAAUUACUAUCAAGUCUAGUAAUCUUUAGAAUUCUCUUCUGUCUGUGUUACUGUGUUAACAAUGAUUCGAUUUAAAUUUGGAACCGUGGCCUUCCUUUGGAGGAAAAAAGGAGAAUGUUGAGUAUUUACAGAAUUGGUGGUUUUCUGACUUGAACAAUGCAUUGAUACAGAUUUUGGAGAAAGAUUUCACUGUAUAGGUAGUAUAAUAAACAUUAGUUCUCUGAUGCUGGAAUAAUGAAAAAGCAUUCUCGACUUUGUUCUGUAUACUUUGUUUAUACUUUUGUUUAUGUGUAUUACUUGAGAUGUUUAGAUGGUGUGAAAGGGUUUAUAAGCGUGAAUAUAAUUUUUUUUUGUAUAAUAGUUGAGGGGUGUAUUUCUUUACAGUUUUUCUCUUCAUUGUAGUUAAUUCAUAUACACUUUCAUUCCUUUUUACUGCAUUGGUUGUGGUUUCUAAUAUUUAAAAUUUGAUACAUGUAUAUGUAUGUAUUUCAAUCCAGGAUGCUGCAGUGCUUAUUUUUUGUUUUUGUUUUUUUUUUGUAUGAAACGGGAGGAAAUUUGAUGAUACAUUAUGUCUCUAUACAUUUGUGUGGGAAUAAUUCAAGAAAGGAAACUACUUUUGAUACAUCUACUAGUAUUUUCUUUUUAUCUAAAGCUUAAAACCAAAUUUCAUGCAAAAGAGGAAAUUAAAAUACAAAUCGUUAGAAUAAAUAUGAACAUAUUAUAAGAAUAUGAAUAGAAUGUGAUCAUUUUAUUAAUAACAAAAGGUACUAUGGAAAAUUUUGUGUGGAAGAUUAAAUUUGCUCAUAUGAAUAUUAUAUAAAAUUAUAGAUAUAAAAGUAAGAUUUAAUUUAUUUUAGAAUAUAUGCAAUAGUUAUCUAUUGGUAGAAUAAAGUACCUAAUACAAAAUGUGUUUGACUGUAUAUUUUAACCUCAAUUUAAGAGGCGUUUAUUGACAUAGUGAAAUCCAAAAUGCAUAACUUAUUGUAAUACAUUUAAAACUUGCGGUAAUAUUGAUAAACAUUUUAAUUCUGUUGAAGAGUUACUUCCCUUCAUAUUAAAAGUUCAGAAUAUCUGUUGAAAAUAACUGUGCUUGAAUAUGAGAAAGAGGAACAAUAUUGAUUUCUGUCCCCGAGAGAAAACCAGUCAUAAAUUUAAUUUAACAAUAUUAAGUGUUGUGUUCAGUAGCUAAUGUUUGGUAAUUUGAAAAUUUUUGGAAACGAAAUGCAUUUUCUAUUUGUCACGUGUAUUUUUAUCAUUUUGGCUUUUAUGUGAGUUAUCACCUGUAGUAGUUAAAGAGACUAUAGACUUGUGAUUGUUUAGUGAGUAAUAUUUUACAUAGGGUACAGACAUGUAGUAUUAGGGAGGGGGUGAAUCCUCUCCCUUCUUUCCCCUUAACAUAGCCUUUUACUUUUGAUAAUGUUCAUUGAGAGACUGGUUACAACCCCCCACAACUUUUUGCUGUAGCAUAGUUUAGUAAUUGUAAAGUAUUAAUAAAAUUCAUUGUAAAUGAUACAACCAAACACCCCCAUCCCCACAAACUUUGAUUUUCAGAUUUGGACAAUCUCCCUCUUUUUUUGGCUUGUUAAAGAUGUUAGAUAAGUUUUAAGAUUUUUUUCUGUCCAUUGCCCAACUUUAAAUAUGAUAUUUAAUGCCUGAGGUUCUGGAGGAGAAACAUCAUAAGCUGAAAGAAAUUGAAUUUCUCAUGUAAGGGUUGAAUAUGUCUUUUUGUAAAAUUGCAUGAAACAUAUGGAGAUUUAAUCUGUACACUUGCAGAUGAUUAGAACUUUUAUAUUGUACCCCAACCAUUCUAAUUUUUUUUAAUUACAUUUCUAGUGAAAUAAAUGUUGAACAGUUAAGUGAUCUUCUCAGAUACAAGUUUUGAAAAAUUACAGUGAUUGUAAGUUGAGUGUACAUGCAUUUCUUUUUGGUGCACUUGAUUGUCAACAGGAAAUGUCCUACAAAAGUCUUUACCAAAUAUUGCACAUUUUGUCAAAAAUCUUAUUUUAUGUUACUAGUACUUUCUGUUGCAUAAUAUGAACCAGAAUAUAUACAAGGCAUGUACUAGAUUUAUGUUACUGCAGUAAAAUAUCAUAAAAUCA